UGAAGACAGCGUUGUCAGUUCAGCGACAAUCAUGUCUGGUCGCGGCAAGGGCGGGAAGGGUCUGGGCAAGGGAGGCGCCAAGCGCCACCGCAAGGUGCUGCGCGACAACAUCCAGGGCAUCACCAAGCCCGCCAUCCGGCGGCUGGCCCGGCGCGGCGGCGUCAAGCGCAUCUCCGGCCUCAUCUACGAGGAGACCCGCGGGGUGCUCAAGGUGUUCCUGGAGAACGUGAUCCGCGACGCCGUCACCUACACGGAGCACGCCAAGCGCAAGACGGUCACGGCCAUGGACGUGGUCUACGCGCUCAAGCGCCAGGGCCGCACCCUCUACGGCUUCGGGGGCUGAGCGCCCGAAACCCUCCCACCAUACU